AUGGACCCGGACGCAGCCCUCCCGGCGCUCCCCAUGAACCAGACGGACGGCGUGGGCUCCCUCGCCUCCUGGCCCCCCAGGGAGCAGCCCCUGGCGGAGGAAGAGGAGGGCGCCAACUUCCUCUCGGACAUUGGCGUCGAGAACUUCAUCACCUUGAUUGUCUUUGGCCUCAUUUUUACCUUGGGCGUGCUGGGCAACUCGCUGGUCAUCACCGUGCUGGCCAGGAGCAAGCCCGGCAAGCCUCGCAGCACCACCAACAUAUUCAUCCUCAACCUGAGCAUUGCUGACUUGGCCUACUUGCUCUUCUGCGUCCCUUUCCAGUCGACUGUGUACAUGUUGCCCAGUUGGGUGCUGGGCACUUUUAUCUGCAAGUUCAUCCAUUACUUCUUCACCGUCUCUAUGUUGGUCAGCAUUUUCACCCUCUCUGCUAUGUCUGUGGACCGCUAUGUGGCCAUUGUGCACUCCCGGCGUUCUUCCUCCCUGCGGGUGUCCCGUAAUGCGCUGCUUGGGGUAGGGGUCAUCUGGUUGCUGUCCAUUGCCAUGGCCUCUCCUGUGGCUCACUACCAGCGCAUCUUGCACCAGGAAACCAUGAACCAGACUUUCUGCUGGGAAAUGUGGCCCAGUCAAGAGCACAAGAAAGUUUACGUGGUCUGCACCUUUGUCUUUGGAUACCUGCUGCCUCUGCUGCUCAUCUCAUUCUGUUAUGCAAAGGUCCUCAAUCAUCUGCAUAAAAAGCUGAGAAACAUGUCAAAGAAGUCAGAAGCAUCCAAGAAAAAGACAGCACAGACGGUCCUGGUGGUAGUGGUUGUUUUUGGAAUAUCCUGGCUACCGCAUCAUAUCGUACACCUCUGGGCUGAAUUUGGAGUUUUCCCUCUGACUCAGGCUUCAUUUGUCUUCAGAGUGGCAGCUCAUUGCCUGGCUUAUAGUAAUUCUUCUGUGAAUCCUAUCAUAUAUGCAUUUCUCUCUGAGAAUUUUCGGAAGGCCUAUAAGCAAGUGUUCAAAUGCCAGAUAAGUAACAAAGUACCUCUGAAUGAAGUUAAAGAGAGUAAGAGUAAUAUUGAUACACCACCAUCUACCAAUUGUACACAUGUGUGA